AAAAGAAAAACCUUUGAAAAAAGAAAAAAUCAAAAAACAGAAGACAAAUGAUGUAGUAGUGAAAUAAUUCUGUGGUCCAAUUCAAUACUAGAAAAUUUUCAUAGACCCACAAAAGGUACAACAAAUGGAAAAAAUAAUCAUCAAAAAUCAAAAGCAUGGAACUGUUAAAGUAGAAAACACAGUUCAUGAGCUAUCAUAAUCCAUUCCCUUUUUACUUUUUCGGGUCUCGUGGUGUUUUUCUUUUCACUACUUUUCAAAUUAAACAAACAACAAUUCACUCAUUGUUUUCAUGCUUUUCUUCAAUCAUUUUCAUCACUGAAAGGGUUUCAGAACAAUUAUUCAGUUUGUUCAAUGGCUCAAACCACACCAUUCAUUGUGAUUAAGCAGAUUCAGCUUCAGAGAUUAUACAAGUGUUGAUUUUUAUGAAGGAAAAUCACUUUAUUCAAGGGAAGAAUUCUUCUUUCGGAAAUAAAGGAACAACAUUUGGCUAAAUAUUCUCUCUUACCCUUUUGACUUGACUUUAUAGUUAGUUCAAUUAAUGUUUGUUACAUAGGAAAUUGAAACUUGUUUGGUUAUUUCUGGUUUUUCAACAGCAUCAUUUUCUCACUGAUGCAAUCUUAGUAUCUUGUUCUAAGUUGGUUAAAAAUCGUUUCUUUUCGAUUUUCAUAAACAUGGGGGAUAUUAGGCUUAAUAGGGUAGAUCAAGGACAAACCAAGAUUAAGAAUGUUCCAAUAGCUGUUACUCCUGAAGGGUUUUGGUGUUGUCCUUCACCUGUUGUGUUUCAGAAAAGUCAUAAGCCUCAAAAUCCUUUGAAUAAAACUAAACCGUCUUCGUCACCACCACAACCGCAACCGAAAAAUAGUGUUCAGAAAAAGCCGGUUCCAGUGCAAGUGACUGAGAGAAGAGGUUCUGCAUCUGUAUCUGCAUCGUCUAGAUUGGUUGUUUCUGAUGAUCAACAAUGUAGUAUUGGUUUGGAAAGGGCUUCAGCUGGGACAUCUUUGGCUGGUGAGAGGGUAUCUUCUAGACCUAAAAUCGAAACCAUGCCGAGAAAGGUAGCUAUUGAGUUCGGUGAACCGGGAACUUGUGAUAUGAAGGUGGUUUUAUUAGGGAAGCAGGGUUUUUCUGUUAAAUUGAGUGUGCAUCGGGAUGUUCUGAUAGAGAAGAGUAGUUUCUUUUCAGAAAAGUUUUCGGAACAAUCAGAUUUGUCUUCUCUACAAAUCGGAGAUUGUGAGGAUGUUGAGAUAUAUGUUGAAGCUGUUGGUUUGAUGUAUUGCAAGGAGAUGAAACAGCGGCUCAUGAAACAGAAUGUUUCUCGCAUUCUUCGGAUUCUUAAGGUUGCAGAAUUCCUUGGCUUCAGCUCGUGUGUCCAAUCAUGCUUAGAGUAUUUGGAGGCUGUCCCAUGGGUUGGAGAUGAAGAAGAAGAAAAAGUGGUCUCAACUGUACUACAACUCCAAGGGGAAGGAAUCGGAAUCAACCCUGUAUUGAAACGAGUUUCUUCUGAUGUUUCCAAUGUCCCGAAAGACACACUUUCCCACAUUAUCGAACUUGUUCUAAAAAGCAAUGAGGAAAAAGGUCGCCGAGAGAUGAAAUCCAUAGUUCUAAAGCUCCUCAGAGAGAACAACAGUCUUCCGAGUUACGCCCGUUCCACUGACACCUGUAAUGACAUGAUAUAUAGAUCAUGCAGAAGCUGCUUAGAUUCAUUAUUAUCUCUCUUCAAGCAGGCCGCAGAACCAACCUUUGCAGAGAAACCAAGUAAUGAAAGAGAUCUCGUAGUAAAGCAUAUAGCUCUAGAAGCCGAUAACCUUUCAUGGUUGCUCGAUAUUUUGGUUGACAAACAAGGAGCUGAUGAGUUUGCGCUAUUAUGGGCAAACCAGCAGGAAUUAGCCGUCUUACAUGCAAAUCUGCCGAUUGUGUCUCGUUAUCACGUUAGCUGCAUUUCCGGAAGACUAUUUGUCUGCAUCGGUAGAGGGGAGUUGUUACCAUCAAAGGAAACACGACAAUUGUUGUUACAGACAUGGUUGCAGCCGCUAAUGAACGACUACAAUUGGUUACAGCAUGGAUGCAGGUCAUUUGAUAGGAAACUUGUAGAGGAAGGAAUCGGAAGGACAAUUCUCACCUUACCUUUGGAAGAUCAACAAAGUAUUUUGCUUUCUUGGGUUGGAAGUUUCUUGAAAACAGGCGAUAGCUGUCCUAAUCUUCAAAGAGCUUUUGAGGUGUGGUGGCGUAGAACUUUCAUUAGGCCGUAUGUCGAAAAUCAAGGUAAUGCCGUGUCAGAUAGUUCAACGGUGUCAAAGAAAGAUGAAUAAAGAAGUAUAUGAUCGAACGAAACUCAUGAAUAUACUUUUGAUGGUAUUAUGGUAGUGGAAUUGCAUUUUAUAUAACUGAGUUUAAGGGAUUGUAGAGAUUAAGUUGACAGCAGAAAAUGUGUUAACCUACAGCAGCUGACAAAAAAGUUUAGUAUUGAAACGUCUUAUUUGUGAUUUUAUGAGUUGAUUGUGGUUUUCUAUGUGGAAACAUCACUACUGAAUUGAUGAAUUUCUUUUUUUGGUUUUUUGUAUUACUCUUUCAAAGGAGUGGAAUGGAAUUCUUAGUGUUUAACUAA